AUGUCGGCGGCGCGCAGGCAGAUCUCGCAGGAGACGUUCGACGAGUGCGUGGCCGAGAAUGUGGAGGAGUUCGACAUGUCGCUAGAGGAGGCGGUGGCCGACGCCGUGCAGCAGUUCGGGUCGCAGGGCGUGGACCUGUCCAACAUCAUCAAGAGCGGCGCGGCGCAGUCGGCCGACGGGCAGGAGCCGCUGCCUGCGCGGCUGAAGCGGCUCAUCUCGGAGCUGCAGGAGCUUUCCAAGCUCAAGAGCGAGCAGGAUCAAGUGCUAAACCUCGUUACCGAACUGCAGAGCGUCUGUGAGGAAGUUCCUGAGGCUCGCGUGGUGGCAGGACGCAACGAUGCGGUGGAUACGCUGCUGGCUCUGCUGGAUUCGGACGCGGCCGCUGUGGUGGCGUCUUGCAGCAAUUUGUUGGCGCUGUUGUGUGCAGACAGCACAGACAACCAAGACUUCGUUGGCGUUGCCGGUAUGCAGCGACUUGUGGAGGUCGUGAGGCGUCAGCAGGAGGACGUGGACACUUUGGUGCGAGUGUUGGUGCUGGUGAAGGCAGCGUGUGUCAAGCACGAGGGCAACAAAGCGCACUUUACAAAGGCAGGUGGAGCCGAAGCACUGUGCGGGUAUUUGGAACGAGCUAAGGACAACGAUAUGCUGUCCAAGCACUUGGCGCUGUGCUUCCGAGUGCUCACUAUCAACGACGACCCGCGCGCGACGUUCUCACAGGCGCAGGAUACCAUCAAGGCCCUCAUCGAGCGCGACAUCAUCCCGUACAGCUUAGAGGUGCUACGUCUAGUUGGGAGGAGCGAUUCGACAGCACAGGAGUUGAACGCAUCGCCUGAUCUACUUGUGAACUGGCUUGCAGUGCUCAAGCAACUUGCCGUGACGGAGGAGAACUGCCAGCAGAUCGCAGAUCUGGACGGAUUGACCACCGUGCAAGAAGUCAUGCAGGCUUUCGAGCACAGCGCGCCUGUGGCCAAGCGCUGCAUCACGGUUUUCAGGAAUGUAUCAGCGGCGGACGAUCUAAAGCGCGCGAUUCUGCAGUCUGGAGGCGUGGAGCGGACAUUGCUAGUCAUGCAGCGGCAUGAGGCAGAUGCAUCGAUUCAGCAGAACGCUUGCGCCACGCUAGCUGCAAUUGCGCUCCGCUCUCCAGAAAACAGUCGCGCGCUAGUCGAGCUCGGGGCAGUCCGGCAAAUCUCGCGCGCCAUGCAGGCUCACCGUCGUGACGUAGCUGUGCUGCGCCAAGCAAGUCUGGCCGUGCGCAACAUGGUAGCACGGAGCGUGGAGCUGCGCUCACGCUUCCUGCAAGACGAACCAGAAAUCGAGCCGCUGCUUCGUGAGGCACAGCAAUACCGCGGGUGCGGCGAUGAAGCCUACGCAGCGCUCCGUGACCUGGGCUGCGAUAUUCAGCUGUCUUCUUUCGGUGCGGCUGCGGCCUCUGCUGCCGCCUCCGGAUCCGUCAAGGCACCCAUGCUCAAACCGCGCUUCAACCCUGUCCAGGUCCAGUCCAACCAGUUGCUCGACAGCGUCGAGGAAGCUGCGGAAGCACCGUUCGCCCAGUAG